UUGGCUGCGGUGAAUCCAAUCAGCAAGCAGCGCGCGCACGGGUCCUGGGCGCGGAAGGCUCGUCUACGUUAGGCUGAGACGGCUUGCAGGCUGGGACUCCGUAGUGUUUUUCUUAAAAGGCUAAGAAAAUCACAAGACACAUGUCAGUGAGUCAGGAAGAUCUAGAUCCAGAUAGUACUACAGAUAUAGAAGAUGUUACAGAUACUAAAGAAGAACUUAUUAAAAAAUGUGAAGAAAUGUGGAAAGAUAUGGAAGAAUGUCAGAAUAAAUUAUCGCUUGUUGGAACAGAGACACUCACUGAUUCAAAUGCUCAGCUGUCAUUAUUAAUUAUGCAAGUGAAAUGUUUAACUGCUGAACUCAGUCAAUGGCAGAAAGAAACUCCUGAAAUAAUCCCACUGAAUGAAGAAGUUCUGGUAACAUUAGGAAAGGAAGAGUUCCAAAAACUGAGACAUGAUCUUGAAUUGGUACUAUCUACUAUUCAGUCAAAGAAUGAAAAGUUAAAGGAAGACUUGGAAAGGGAGCAACAAUGGUUGGAUGAACAGCAACAGGUAUUGGAAUCUCUUACUGUACUACACAGUGAAUUAAAACAUCAAAUUGUGACAGUUUCUGAAUCGAGAAUCUUUAAUGAGCUGAAAACUAAACUGCAUGAUACAAAAGAAUAUAAGGAGAAACUAUUGAUUACCUUGAGUGAGUUUCUAGAAGACCACUUCCCUCUGCCUGAUAGAAAUGUUAAAAAGAAAAAGAAAAAUAUUCAAGAAUCAACUGCACAGCUGAUAACACUGCAUGAAAUAUUAGAGAUUCUUUUAAAUAAAUUAUUUGAUGCUCCACAUGAUCCAUAUGUCAAAGUUAGUGAUUCUUUUUGGCCACCUUACGUUGAGCUGCUCCUGCGUAAUGGAAUUGCCUUGAGACAUCCAGAAGAUCCAACCCGGAUAAGAUUAGAAGCUUUCCAUCAGUAACAAGAUGGUCUCUUUUUUCACACAGUACUUAAAGAAUUUUGGAUUAUGAAUCAAGAAUAAUGGAAACACUGAGGAUUACUUGACUAAAGAACACUGUUUGCAAAUUAAAGCACAUAGUCCUUCUUUUAUUCUUAAAAUGACACAUGCUGCCGUCUAUUAUUUAAAAAUGGGCCUUUCAUAUUUCAGUCAGUACUUUGGUGUUUUAAACUGUAUGGACGAGGAUGCAAGUAAAAAUAUUCUAGACUUAAUCAUUCUAAAACAUUUAGUGUACCUUACUUUUGCAAUGCUUUUGGGGAAAUUCUUUGUUAAUUUAUGAUAUUGCUAAUGUAGUAUUUUUUCUUUUAAACUUCAUGACAGUUUCUUUUAUGCAUUUUUGAGUUCUAUUUAGUACUUACCUUCUUUAACUUUAGGAAUUAAAAUGGAAAGUCCACUUAAUUUGCAGAUGGUUUUAAAAUUGACUUAGUAUCUGAUGUAGAAGGAAGCAUAAUUUAAAAGUAUUUAGUAAAUCUGUUCCAUGUAUACUGUCUUAUUUUUAUAUUUGUUAAAAAUUGAAAUAUUAAAAAAAAGUAUUGGAUAGAGGUAGAAACCUAUAUUUUAAUGUGAAUCACAUAACAAGUGAUACAUAU